AGCUCUGCCUGGCUCCAGCGCCUCUGUGUCUCAGCAUGGCCCUGCCCUGGGCCCUCGCCGUCCUGAGCCUCCUCCCUCUGCUGCAUGCCCAGGACCCAGCGUGUGCCAACUUCUCGACCAGCCCUAUCACCAAUGCCACCCUGGACCAGCUCUCCCACAAGUGGUUUUUUACCGCCUCGGCCUUCCGGAACCCCAAGUACAAGCAGCUGGUGCAGCAUACCCAGGCGGCCUUUUUCUACUUCACCGCCAUCAAAGAGGAGGACACCUUGCUGCUCCGGGAGUACAUAACCACGAACAACACGUGCUUCUAUAACUCCAGCAUCGUGAGGGUCCAGAGAGAGAAUGGGACCCUCUCCAAACACGACGGCAUACGAAAUAGCGUGGCCGACCUGCUGCUCCUCAGGGACCCCGGGAGCUUCCUCCUCGUCUUCUUCGCUGGGAAGGAGCAGGACAAGGGAAUGUCCUUCUACACCGACAAGCCCAAGGCCAGCCCGGAACAACUGGAAGAGUUCUACGAAGCCCUCACGUGCCUGGGCAUGAACAAGACGGAAGUCGUCUACACUGACUGGACAAAGGAUCUGUGCGAGCCGCUGGAGAAGCAACACGAGGAGGAGAGGAAGAAGGAAAAGGCAGAGUCAUAGGGCACAGCACCGGCUCCGGGACUCGGGGCCCACCCCCUGCACCUGCCUUUUUGUUUGUUUUGUAAAUCUCUGUUCUUUCCCAUGGUUGCAUCAAUAAAACUGCUGGACCAGU